GGAUCUGGAUCACCCCAAGCAGAACCCUGCACAGAUCUACGCCCCUUGGACAUCCUAGCAGAAGGAAUCCCCUCUAGCGGUGCUGCAGUUGGAGUCAGGGUGAUGCAGGCUCAGGGUGCACGAGGAUUUCAGCUCUCAGCGGCUGCCCCCCACUCCAUGAGCUUCCCUGCAUCACGGAUUUUCAUCGGAUGUGACCUCUUCCCUGAGGAAUUUUCCAUCGUGGUGACCUUGAAAGUGCCCAGUCUCCCACCCAAGAAGAACGAGUACCUGCUCACGGUGCUGGCAGAGGAGCGGGGCACGCUGCUGCUGGGGCUGCGGGUCUCGGCCAGCAAGCUGCACUUUCUGUUCCUCAGCGAGGACACUGCCGGGGCCUGGCAGACCCGGGUGUCCUUCCGCAGUCUGGCACUCACGGACAACCGGUGGCACACGCUGGUCUUGGCCGUGUCUGAAGGCUCCUUCUCCCUCACGGUGGACUGUGGCCUUCCCAUGGACAUAAUUGCUGACAUGCCCUUCCCAGCCACCCUUUCUAUGCGAGGAGCCCGCUUCUUCAUCGGCAGCCGGAGACGAACAAAAGGCCUGUUCACAGGUCUGAUGCGGCAGCUGGUCCUGCUGCCUGGCUCCGAUGCCACCUCCCAGCUGUGCCCCAGUAUGAACGCUGAGCUGGUGGUGUUGUCUAUACCUCCAAUCCUGCAGGGUCUCCCAGGGAAGCCAGAAGAUAACGAGGUGCCAAAAUAUCCCUAUGAAACCGAUGUGAAGGUGACUGUAGGGGCACAGCCCCGCUGCACCCAAGUGGAAGACGCUCAGUUCUGGUUUGAUGUUGGUCGGAAGGGACUGUAUCUCUGUGUUGGCAGCGAGUGGAUCUCCGUAAUAGCAGCCAAAGAAAAGCUCGACUAUGUGGAAGAGCAUCAGAACCUGUUCACCACCUCAGAGACCCUGGGCAUUGAGGCCUUCAUCAUCCCCGAGGUGGGGCUCUUCGUGGCAACAGCCAACAGGAAAUCCACUUCCGCCAUCUACAAGUGGACGGAUGGGCAGUUCAUUUCCUAUCAGACCAUCCCCACGCAGCAAGCACAGUCUUGGCGACAUUUCACCAUUGGGAAAAGGAUCUUCCUGGCUGUGGCUAAUUUUGAACCAGAUGAGAAGGGCCAGGAGUUCUCCGUCAUUUACAAAUGGAGCCACCGAAAGCUGAAGUUCACCCCCUACCAGAGGAUCACCACCCACAGCGCCCGCGACUGGGAGGCCUUCCAGGUGGACGGGGAACACUUCCUGGUCGUGGCCAACCACCGGGAAGGUGACAACCACAACAUCGACAGUGUCAUCUAUAAGUGGAACCCGAGGACCCAGUUCUUCGAGACUAACCAGACCAUUGCUACCUCCGGAGCUUAUGACUGGGAGUUCUUUACUGUGGGACCCUACUCCUUCCUGGCCGUGGCCAACACUUUCAAUGGCACUUCCACAAAGGUGUACUCCCACCUGUACAUCCGGCUCGUAGGCUCCUUCCAGCUCUUCCAGUCUUUUCUGACGUUCGGUGCUGCAGACUGGGAAGUGUUCCACAUUGGAGAGAGGAUUUUUCUUGCCGUUGCCAACAGCCACAGCUAUGAUGUGGAAAUGCAAGUGCAGAACGACUCGUAUAUCAUCAACUCGGUCAUCUAUGAGCUGAACGUCACAGCGCAGACUUUUGUCAAGUUCCAGGACAUUCCUACCUGCAGUGCCCUGGACUGGGAGUUCUUCUCUGUGGGAGAAGACUAUUUCCUGGUGGUUGCUAACUCCUUCGAUGGAAAUACCUUCUCUGUGAACAGUAUUAUUUACAGGUGGCAAGGGUACGAAGGCUUUGUGGCUGUGCACAGCCUCCCAACAUUUGGCUGUAGAGACUGGGAGGCCUUCAACACCACUGCUGGCUCCUACCUCAUGUACUCCAGUGCCAAGGAGCCUCUGUCCAGGGUCCUGAAGCUGAGAAUUGGGUGA